AUGAAGAACGGACCAUGGCGUGCCUCCUUCAUGUGGGGAUCCUCUACUCGGAAUACUCGAAUCAAAUGUUUGUGGGUCGAGGUUGGCACUCAAUUUGCUAGGAGAUGGAGAGCUUUAUUUCUUGAUGAAAUCAAUUCGGAUUGCUUAAAUUUUCAGGCGGAAUGGAACUGUCAUCCCAUUUGCGGUCCUGACACCAACAAUAAGAGUCCCAAGUUUGGCAUCUAUCAUGAUGACUGUGAAGGUGUGCAUCCUGACGUGAUUAACGAGUACUACGGGGUCCAUGGUCACACGACAACUCGACAGCGUCAUCAAACAGAAGCUGGACACCCUGCUGAUGAAGAAGACAGCGACUCAGAUAGCGAUGGCGAACAUCCGAGUACUAUGGUACAGGCCAUCAACAACCAGCAAAGACACCAGAUCCGUCAUGAGGCCAUUAGCAUGCCGUCACAACAGAACCCUUUUGUUGAUGACGCAACACGACAGCAGUUUUCCACCACCCUUGAUGAAGUUAUAGCCAAUGAUAUCACGCCAAACAAUUGCAGACUAACGCUAGAUGAGUGGGACGGAGAUGAAUACCCAACAUUCGAGACUAUUACCUUUGGUCGACAAGGAUCAAAAGAACUCCACGUUUCACUUGCUGAACUGAUCUGGUUUAAUUGA